AUGACUCGGCUCUUGGCUUUGUUCUCGAUCUGGCUGGGAACGCACGUCUUGUCCGCUACGGCUGGCAAUUGCUUUUCCGAUCAGUCAAACGGGCCGGUAGCGUCUCCCCAAGGAAAAACAGUGCCUCCCAAGAAGUGUAUCGGAGGACCUCCCACGGGAGAGUUAUGGGCUUGUGAAGAUCCGAGUAUUGAUUUUCCGACGGUUGAGUGUUUGAUGGCGGAUAUGAAGACAUGCGGAAUCAUCACCAACGGCGCCCCAAGUGUGUUUUACUCCUUCAAUAUCAAGGGGGGAGCGCAGAUUUCCGCACUCCGCGAUCGAAUUACACCAACGGGCAACCUCUACAAUGACGAGUGGGACGAAGCCUACUGGACAAGGGUCAUGGCCGGUCGAAAGUCGGUUUUCCGCCUGGAUAUAAACGCGAGGUUGCAGGUCUUCAUUGCUCGCUCUGCAGAGGCGUUUGGACGACUUGCCAGCGGUGAUGUCUUUGUUUAUGUUCCGCAUCUAGAAUGCCCAGAACAGCCCAAUAACGGGUUGCUCGGUUCUUUUCAGACCGGUAUUCCUGACCCCAACGAUCCCAACCCUGGUCCCAAUAUCUUCCAGACUUUUGAGCUCCCAAGCUUGCAACGUAACCCUACCGUCACCCGAAUCAUCAGCGUUGACAUCAACAACAACGAUCAACAACAUGUUGAUUGGGAGAAUGGGCAAUCCCCACCUGGACUGAAUAACCCUCUCAUGCCUGCGAGCACCGCGAGUGCCAUGGUUGUUCCGCCUGUGCCUGCCGCUAUGGGGCCAUUCAAACGGGACACCAACACCAACAACACUACGAUCCCUGAUCCACCUACACUGUGUCCCCUCCCACUACCAGUAUCUACUUCUACCAGCACCGUGGCUUCGUCUGGAGCUUCUACAAUCACCUCUCUUCCGAGUACACCUACCUGCGUCUUGCAUAAGCAGGACCCUGACCAAGGCAUUACCCAAGCAUUCUGCCUGUGCCACAGCACUGCAACUCUAUCACCUCUUUCCGUGCCGCUAACGGGCCAGUCAAGUGACAGCUGUGCAUACACAACCAUCCCAGCCACCGCGAAAGAAGCCGUCACAACCUUUGCCUCUACCUACACGAGUAAUUGCCAGGCUUGCUCUGAAGUCGGCUUGAACGCUCCUAGUUGCACCACUAUUGCCCAAUGCACACCCACGAAUGCGCAAGUGACCGUCCAAGCGGGCAGCUCUGCCGUGCAUGUCGGCACUCUCACUGGCACAGCUCUUUACACCUCUAUUUCCAGCGCUUUGGAAAAAUUAUGCCCAACAGUAACCCAAACAAAGAGCUUCACAGUAUGCGAGACAAGCAGUGUAGCCAUCCAAGACAUCGAGUAUGUCAGUGCUGACAGCCUCGAUAGUGGUGGCGAACUCGUGAUCAAAGUAGCGGCAAGCUCCUAUAACACAACCAGCCUCCGCGACGCGAUGAUUAAGUCAGCAGCCUUAACAGCCCAGAAAGGCUCUGAAAAGCCCAGCUCCUGCUCGAAUCAGACGUACGUAACCCAACAGAAACGUGGCGUCGGACUUCCACCAUCGCGAGUCUUCGGCAGGAAAGCCCUAGACAAUCUCUUCCAGCGCGACCGACCUGAAGCAGUCGUUGAACACUCUCUCCUCUGCCACACUAACUCUUUCGCUGGCGUGGGAUACUUCUCACCUCAAUGGCGGCAAGCCCAACUCCCUGGCGCGGAAGCAUAUAUCGACGCGACGUGGGAGUUUCAAGCUGCUCCAGGAGGGGACUUCCUCUGUGAUUUUAUUGAAGAUCUCGAAAUCGGCUUGGCUGUGAUUGCGCCGGAGUUUGCAUUGGAGGAUGUUGCUACUGUGCCUGAAAUGCAGGCAUUCUGUGCUGGGACGCUUGCUUGA